AUGGUCAAUCAUUCAUGUGAAUCAAAUACAUUUUGGAUAUGGUUUGAUUAUAAUAAUAAACAAGAAAUGAAAUUAAUUGCUGAUCGUCGUAUUAAAGCUGGAGAAGAGCUUGUUUGUUCAUAUAUAGAACGAUUUCAUUUACGUGAACGACGACAUGAAAUCUUACAAAAUAAUUGGUUAUUCAAAUGUCAAUGUCAUAUUUGUGAACGACAUGAGAAAGAUAAAAAAUUUGAUGAACAAUGGGCCUCUUAUUCAAAAGACAACGAUUUUAUUUUGGGAUAUGAUUCGAAACUAUCACAAGAAUGUAUGGAAAAAUUUUCCAAAUCACUAAAAUUCAUACAAGAACAUUAUCAUAAUAGUUUAUUACAAAUGUUUAUGUUACAUUUCAGUAUUCUUGUACCAUGUUGUAUGUUGAAACAAUGGCAAGAUGUUGUUAAAUAUUCAAAAAAAGCAAUUUGUCUUGGAAAAAUAAUCUAUGGUGAUGAUUAUGAAAGAUAUUUAAUACCGAUAAAAGAAAUCAUUGAAGCAAAAGUGCCAAUGGAAUAUCGUACUGGAUUAGAAAAAUAUUUUAAAUAA